UCCUCUCACUGUGGAAACGCUAAGGGGAUUCUUCAAACCAUUCAGCUGGUGAAAUAUCUGUUCCAUCUGUGGCUGGAUCCCUUCUAGCCAUGACCCCGUUGGGGUUCGGCGAAUGUUUGUCGCAAGUGACGUCACUUGCUGCCAAUAAACUGCGAAACUGACGUGGAAGGACUAUUUAAUUGAUAGAUGAAUUACAUCUUAUUGGAUUUUUGUUUAUCAAACAUCAAGCAACAUAACAGAUUAAAAAGACUUGUCUAGGUAGAGAAGAAACACAGUGAGCGUGACCAACGAGGAUGUUUAAAAAAUUUGAUGAGAAGGAAAAUGUUUCCAACUGUGUUCAGUUGAAGACCUCGGUAAUCAAAGGCAUCAAAAACCAGCUGUUGGACCAGUUUCCAGACAUUGAGUCAUGGCUCAACCAUAUCAUGCCAAAAAAGGACCCUGUCAAAAUAGUGAGAUGCCAUGAACACAUUGAAAUCUUGACAGUGAAUGGAGAAUUGCUCUUCUUCAGACAAAGAGAAGGACCGUUCUACCCAACUGCUAGGACAAAUCAUAGAUACCCCUUUAUUCUUCCACACCAACAAGUAGACAAAGGGGCCAUCAAGUUUGUCUUAAGUGGAGCCAAUAUCAUGUGCCCUGGAUUGACAUCCCCAGGUGCCAAACUCUACCCCUCUGCCUCAGAAACAGUAGUUGCCAUAAUGGCGGAGAGUAAGCAAUAUGCGCUUUGUGUCGGAGUCAUGAAGAUGUCUGCAGAAAACAUAGAGAAAGUCAACAAGGGAGUAGGAGUUGAAAAUGUUCAUUAUCUUAACGACGGACUGUGGCACAUGAAGACGUAUAAGUGAGAUGUCAUUACCCACCCCCUGGACAACAUGGAGCUCUUGACAGCGAGGCUGCCAGUCAAUUGUUUACACCAACGGACUUAGUUGCGUAACUAGCUGGAGGCUUUGAACCAACCUCCAAUUGAUGCACAAAUAAAAACCUGCAUUUAAAGUUAUUUUCCAUUCUUUUGCACUGCCUUUACAUUUCAUGGUUUCUUUGCUAAAGUCGUUGGGACUCACUUGCUACCAGGAGAAAAACAUCUGAAAUGGAUUGUAGAUCAUAGGGCCAUGUAUAUGCUGUUACAUGUAUUUAUGACAUGAAAUCAAUAAAGAAUACUCUGGCGAG